AUUAAGCGGCUAAGAACUUGCUAGGGUUCCCCAAAAUCCAAUCUUGCUCCCGCGUAAUCCAAUUUUGUUCCGAUUGCAAUCGGACCAAAGCUCUUUACGUCUCUCGUUUGCAAUCGUAAAACCUUCCUAUUUUCGGCGUUAGUAGUCCUAAUCGAGGUUGGAAUUCGUAAAAAUUGGUUUUUCUGGGGAUGCGUUUGAUUUUUCCUCGUUAUGCGAACGAUUAUUUGGGUUUCUGUUUUUGAUUGAAGACGAAAGGCGAGCUGUGGAGGUGAACGGGAUCUCUGCGUUCCAAGGAGCUAAGCAGCGAUGAUGCCCACGUUGACGGCGAGCAGCCUGGAUCGGCUCCUGGAACCAGCCUCUCGAAAUCCUAGCAUUCCCAAGCACCCGCAGGUGAAGCUGGAGCCGAACAUGGCGAACUCUCGACCGCUGUUCGCCUCGCCGGCGCUCUAUGCUACGCCGACGCUGACCCCUCUUCCUCUUCCGGACUCCCCUUCCUCUUUUCCACCAUCGCCCUACAUUGUCAACCACAAGCGACGAGGGCGUCGCCUCCAGAAGCCGCCACCGCCAUUGGAAGCUGAAAACGAGGUAGAUUCCAAGGACGAAGCAAAAGGAAUUGAUUGUGAUGAGAAAUUGGGGACUACGUCGCCAAUUGUCUCUAUUGAAGAGAAUGAUUUAGGAGACGGGAUUGCUGUAAAUGAGGAAGCUGAGGAUUUCCUUGAUUUCUUGGAUUCAAUGAGUUCAGCUAGUAAUUUGGAGGGGGAGGAUAGCUCUGCUGUUGAGGGGAUGCGGAAGAUGGGAACUGAUAUGUCGGAUUACUACGAUGCCUAUGAUGAGAUAUCAAGUGAUGGUAGCUCAAGAUCAUCUUUUAGAAAGGCUGAAGAUGAAAUUCGGGAGAUGAGGCUGAAUUUACUCAUGGAAAUUGAGAAAAGGAAGCAAGCAGAGGAUGCUGUUGAGUACUUGCAGCUUAAAUGGCAAAAUCUUCAUGGACAUCUAUCGUCCGUUGGAUUGGUUCUUCCCAGUCUCCACACAGCUAUGGAGGUGGAAGCCAUUAUCGAUCCAGCUGAGGACUUGAGCCAACAAAUUGUUGUGGCAAGGAUAGUUGCUGCUUCUGUUGCAAGGGGCUGUGCCAGGGCUGCGGCUGAGAUUGAGAUGGAACCUCAAAUUGAGGCGAAGAACUUUGAGAUUGCCAGGCUCCUGGAUAGGCUUCGAUAUUACGAAGCUACAAACAGGGAGAUGUCUCAAAGAAAUCAGGAAGCUGUUGAGAGGGCACGACAACGCCGUCACCGAAGGAACAGGAGGCAGAAAUGGUUCUGGGCUUCUAUCGGCCUUGCUGUGACCCUUAGCUCUGCCGCCAUUGCCUGGUCCUAUCUUCCUUCUUCAGAUCCACCUGUUUCCAACGAUGACUAAAGGCAUGGCAUCUUUUCAAUAACCAACCUCCUUUCUCAGCUAAUUACACGACAUGUAUACGCAAAAGAGCCUUACAGCUUUGCUCAAAUUGACCAUUAGUAUUGUUAUGUAUAAUUUUCAUGCUUUACUAGAUUUUGGGGCUGCUUCAGCUGUAAAAAAUGUGGCCCGCUCGUUUUACGCGGAAGAGUGCCGGUGUCACAUAGAAAUUAUUUUGUGCGGUUGCCGGACGGCAUCUAGAGACGAAUGAGAACUGGCCACAUCAUUUUUUCACUGUGUACCGCUGCCAUGUAUCGCUCAGUACCGGAUGAUGUGAUGCAUUCUGAUUCUCCUUUGAACUGUUCGGUGACCACACAGAAUAAUUUCACCAUUUUUCUUCAAUGAAAGUUGAUAAUUUAUGUGGCUUUGAUAUAUGGAGUGGUGAUAUUAUGAUUUUUCUCAUAUCUUGGUUUA